AGGAUCACAUUGACUUUCUUUGGGGUUUUGACCUCGUCCAUCAUGGAUGAGGAUCACGCUGACUUUCUUUGGGGUUUUGGUCUCAUCCACCAUGGAUGAGGAUCACGUUGACUUUCUUUGAGGUUUUGACCUUGUUCAUCAUGGAUUUGGAUCACGCUGCCUUUCUUUGGGGUUCUGGUAUCCUUCAACAUGGCUGAGUGUUACGAUGUAGAGUCAAAUCAUCUAAUACGUCAUUUUCUCCACGUGUUCACUGGGAUAGAGCUUUGUGUCACCUUUUGUAGGGCUCUCACAUUGUCAGGUGCAGACUUGGUGGUGAGUGGGCUCUUCCUGCCACAAAUCCAAUGACAUGUGUGGCAUAAUGCAUUAAUGCAUGGCAUAAACCUUGUAGGGGAUGAUGAGCAAAGGCUGCAUUGUAACUCCUGCCAGACAGUGCUUUUAUGCUUGGUGGUAAUUAGGCUUUAAUUACUGGCUUUAUUAAGCCCUGUGACUGGUCAGCUGCACAGAUGUCAGCUUUUAAUUUUAGGUAUUUUGGUGUCGUGUUGGAAUUUGCUGUUUUUUUUCUGCUGCUCACAAACCUGAAUCAGCUUUGUUUAGAUUUAUCACAACCUGCUCGGCUUCUGGCAGGCUCAGACCUGGAGGCUUUGAGCUUUGUAACGAAAUUGAAGCAUGAAUGGCCACAGGAUCAUGGGUUGGGAGCCCUGGGAGAUUCUGUUUGGCCUCCCUGGAGGCUUUGGGUUCUUUUUCAUAUUUUUUUAUUUUAGUUUAGUUUAUUUUGCUGUAGCCUUUUAUGAUCUGGAAAGCAGCCCGGAAAAUAACUUCUAGGAAGGAAGCUGGGUUCGGUGCCUCUGUAGGAUGCCCUUGCAUCCCUUCUUCCAUGAAAAUUUAAUAAAUCUUCAUGCAUAAUGCCGUGUGCUGUCAACAGAACUUAGCUCCUGUUGGUUUUCGGUGCAAGUACUGCUGUAAAAUUCAACUUUGGACUUUCAAUUGCUGUUCCUGAAGGAAGUCCAGAGGAAGAAUGUGUUGUUAGCUUUAUUUUUGUACCAGUGAUUAUCCAGUAAUCGAGUCCUUUAAUAAAAUAAUUUUGUAAUACAUUCCUUGGUCUUUUAAAACAACUUUUGGUGCGCGGUGGGGAUCUCGCCUGCUUUGCUCUGUGAGUUGUAACUGUAGUAGAAAAAAUGGCAAAUGGUGCUGAGGUGGCACUUGGAGCAGAGGCUUUGUGACUCACCCAGCUCUCCUCUAAGGCACUUCAGUAGCUGUUUGGUAAAUAGCCACUUGCUAGGGAUGCUUGUCUAAAAUUAGGAGUAGCUACAGCCAGCUGAGGAUAGAAGUUCCCUCCUGGGGGUUUCAGCUGCCAUGCCAGAGGUGUGCAGCCCACCCAGGACCCCUGGGUGACGGGGCUGGGUGGCAUAUGGGCACCACACUGGGGCACAUCUUACUUGUGUUUAAAGGUAGUCUGUCCCCUCGUGGUUUAAAACUCAUCUCCCAUCCAGUUUGGUGGUUGCUCAUGUUCCCACUGCUGAAUGUAGGUCUGUUGGCCUCCGCCAGCCCAGCCUUUUAUUCUUGGCUCCCCCAAUAUUUCUCAGCCAUCUGGCAGAGGCUGGUUGGGUUUUUGGUUGUGGAUGAGUCACCUGUUGAGCUUCAAGGAGUCUGUGCUAUUGAUGGAUAAGACAUUGGGGAGCUGGAAGCUGUAUCUGGUGGAGGGCAGCAGACAUCCAUCCUGCUGACAUGCUGACAUCAAUGAAAUGCCAUUGUUUUUCAUCUUGUGCGGCGUAAACGUUCAGAGACUUGUGCAGCACUUUGUCUUGCAGGUAUAUUCCAUCUGAUCCUGGGUUCUAUAGGAUUGAGGAGCCCAGCAUUAUUUUGCAGUCGUUGUUUUUCACCUUUUUGUCCUGCUUUGUGGGGAACAGGGCAUGUUGUUGUGCAAGGAGCACGGGGCGUUGUUGUGCUGGGCUUCCUCACCUGCAUUAUUGUGGUUGGUGCAGAUGGUUUUCUGCCUCUGUGAGGUUCUGACAAAAAGGAGUUUGCAAUGGCUGUAAACUAAAAGAGGGGGGAUUUAGGUUAGAUGUUGGCAGGGUGUUGGAACUGAAUGGUCUUUGAGGCCCCCUCCACUCUACUCCCUUCCAUGAUUCUAUGACAAGUAACACAAUCAGAAAGAAACCAGUUCCCACCCACUGUUUAUUACGUAACCAUCUAAUUAAAGUCAUCAAAUGGAGAUGACUCGGCAGCUUGGGAAACUUCCCCCAUGUCUGGGUCAAAAAUACUUCCUCCGUGCUUUAUUUGCAUUGCCACAUCCUCGAUGUUGUGCCAAUUAAUUCUUAUCCCCUUAUUUUUGGCUUCAGCUGUUGGAGUCUCCUGCUGUUUUGGACCCCAGAAAGGUCCUUGAACUUCUCAGUUUUCCCUAUAAAGGAGAGAGGACUUGGGGUAGUGCUGCUCCCUUUCUCCCUAGGAAGGCCAGGCUGAUGUGAAGCACUUCUCAUAGCUGCCUAGGGCUGCAAGUUGUCUUUCCUUUUCUGGCUUCUUUCUGCACCAUGUUUUUGAGUGAAAGGUAAAGCAUUAAGGUGGGUCUUUUGCCCAAGAAGCAAAUGGUGUGUGUUCCUGUGAUGGCUGUAAUGCUUAAACUCUGGUAAUGAGAAGCAUACGUGGAUGGAGGUGGCGGUGAGGAAAUGUUAAAGACCUCCAAAACACAAAAUGCAGCUGCAAAUAAAAUAUUGUGUUCUGUUCUCCAUGCACAAAGUAAAUGGUUGUGUGUUGCAGCAGCUCCUAAAACCUCCCUCAGCCCCUGUGUUUGUUCAAAGCUUGAACAGCCCCGUUUGUAUGUAGGCAUGUUUGUUAGAAACGUGUAAUAACUAUUUCAUCUUUUAACAGAUUAAGUUUUGAGUGUUCAGCUUGCAUGGAAAACAGCUGCAUAGUAACUGAUGUGCUUCAAGGAGCAAGGUGGGCAGGUUAAGGAACUCUUUGUUGGUCCCACAGAGGAGAAGAAUGUUCUUAAAAUGCACUUAAAUCCAGCAUGCAUGUACUUAGGUAAUCGCAGAGUGGUCUCAUCUGGCUGAGCUGGAGAUAGGCUGAUGUGCAUUUUCAGGGCAGGAAGCCUGGGUUUGGGAUAGACCGUGCCAUGAUGGCUUCUUGGGCCCUUUCCAACCCAACCUAUUCUAUGAGCUCCUUGCAGAACACAUCACCAACAGACCCAGCCAGCCUUGUAGCCAGGCCUGCCAUCUUAGGUCAGAGCUACGUAAUUUAGUGCAGGUUAUUUAAUUAGGGCUAUGCCCUGUGACCUUACCACCUGGUAGGUGAUGAGCUAAGGCAACGUGAGGGCAAGCAACACUGUUGGCCAAGUGCUCAGGAAGGCAGCCAUGGCCAAUAGGUUGAUCUCUUGGUGUUGUUUCCAAAUCUCCUGUUCUGUUGUCUCCAGAUGUGCUGUCGUGUUGCCUCCAAACCCCAGUGAGCAUCUCAGUGCUCUGUGCCACCCCUGCCCUCACUCGUGUGCUCCUCGCAACGCUCCCGUUACGUUCCUUUGCAGCAGCCCAGCGUAACAGUAAUCCUUUCCCUCUAUAAAAGAGGAUUAAAAAUGGGAACAUUCGUACCUUAAUUCAGCCUGCCAGGGCUGUGCUCUGUCUUUUGGGCAGUAAUCCUGUCGGUAAAAGGCCGUCAGCAAACAGCAGAUCCUCCGGUCCUGCUGCUGAUGGGGUUAGCAAUUCUUCAAAUUAAUUAGAAAGCUGUAACAACCAGAGAAGAGCAACUCGCUUAGAAUGUCUUAAAGGCCACAUGGUUCAGAGUAAAAUAAUUAGAAAUUGGGAUUUCUGUGGUUCUUGAAAUGAAAGUGUGCAAAAGGACAUAACGGUACCUUUGAGGACGCUGUUUGUCAGAUGCUUUGCUGUCCACACUCCGCUUACGUGCUCAAUAAACAGGUGUGAAAUCCCAUUUGUUUCUUUUCCAGGCUUUCUGUGUUUCCUGCAGCUCUUUUGGGUGAGAUGCUGAUGGGGAAGGCACAGUAAAAACAUGGGUUUGGUUUCUUAGGAUUUCUUUUUUUUAGGAUUUUUAUGCUGCGACUGUUAGCACAGGGAUUAUUUUUCCAGCCUAAUUAAAAGGAUAAUUGCAUUAAGCCACAGGAGGACGCUGUGGGAUGACAAGAGGUGGAUUUCAGUCCCUCCUAGGGCUUGAGUUACUGUGUUUCUGCCAGUGCAGGACCACAGCCAAUUCUCUCCACCAGUGCCAGAACAAUGGGAUUUUUGCAUUUCAAUGUGUGUUUUCAACAAGUUGGGGUAAUAAUAAAGAUACAAAUCAAUGUUGCUGCUUGAUGGAUGCAUUGUUUCCUUAUCAAACCCACAUAACUAAUUCCAUCGAGACACAUCGUUGCACGGGCAUGGCAUCGAACCCUAUCUAAAGGUGAAUGUGUGAAUAAUAUUUAACCUGGGAGAGCUGUCAGCAGGUUGGAUGCUACACAGAGACUUCCAGCAGGAGUCCAAGGCUUUGUUUUGCAUCCCCCUAAGAAAAGCCAGGUCUUGGUAUUGCUUGGCUGUGGCAAUGACAGGAGGUGGAGCUGGGACCCAUCCAAAAUGGGUCAAAACGUGGAUACUGUAGUCUGCUAUGAGGGCUGAUCAGCAGCAGUAGUUUAAGGCAUGGUUGCAAUUGUCCUUGUGGAAAUCUCGGUGCAUGAGGUUCAUUCUCCCACCAUUGAAACCUGCUGAUAAGAUGCUCACGGGAUGAGGAAGCACCUCUGCUUUGAAAAAUGCAUUGAGAGCUUUGUGCCAGAACAGCAAAACACAGGGGGAGACCAUUUCAGAUGCAGAAUUCCCCUCAAAUAGGAGUAGGAAAUGUAUUUUAUCAGUAGGUGGUGAGUGAUUAAUUUCUCCUUGGACCACUUUUCACUUAGGAGUUAUUCCAGGCUGUCUUUGCAGGGAGCUGGGAAUUCACUGAAACCUACAGCACCAGUGGAAAAUAGGUUUUAAAAUCAAACAACCUGCUGUGGUAAGUGCACAGGACUUACACAGGACAAGUGCUUUCUGAUCUCAUCCUGUAGAAGAGUUGCAAGCAAGCACCUGAGCAGUGCUGGGCAGCAGUACCACUUCAUCACAGCUCCUGCAAGCAAUCCUUGUGCAAGACGGGGAAGGAGAAAGGUAGAGCACCAGUGGUCUAUGUGCUGAUGGGGAAGCCCAUUUCCUAGCAGGGGUGCUGGUGCAUGUGGCUGGAAACUACCACAGCAUUGCAAGAAGAAGAGCCAGCAGCACUGCCGCAUGGGGUUUAACACAGCCAGAUCACAGCAACCCCCGAGAACAAAGGUGCCAGUGUGAUGGUGGUGGUUUCAUGCAAAGCAAGUGACUUAUUUACAGGGCAGGCUUGAAUCCAUUAAAGGCACAUUAAACUCCAGAUGCUCACCAACUUUACAGAAGCAGUGGAAGAAAGAGAGGAGGUGUUGCACACUUUUUGGAAGAAAAAAAAAAAAAAUCAGCUCUCUGAGCUUGGAGCAGCAUUUAUUGCAGUUAAAAGCGUGAUGCUGGAAUAGUGAGACAUUUAAUGCUGUUUUCCCUUUUUAAAGCUGAUUUUCAGACUAAACUGCGUCGUGCCAGACAGUGCUGUGCGAUGUGCUGUUCCGUGCAGGAUGCUCUAUGUUGGGUCUGCAGCACAGGGAUCAAGCAGAAAAUGGAAAAGGGGAAACCAGGAGCGUUUCCAUUCCUUUGGAACUAAUAAGGAAAUGAGCCGGAGGGAUUAUUUGCGGCUGUGCCAAAUGGGCCCUCUCUCCAAGACCUCUAAAUUAACUUCAGGUGGGUCCAUCACCACCCAGCAGUCUGAGUUAUGUUUUAUGGAAGAAGCAGUGCUCCCAGCACUGUGCCUCAAUACCUUUAUGGGCUGCUGCACCUCAGUUUUCUGCCUUUUAUCAUUUCUCAAUCCUUGCUUAUUCCAUACGGAAAGCGGAGCUGCUGCGGUGUCAGUGCCCCACUGGGGCCUCAACCUUCUCCAAAACCUUCACCUAGGAGACAUUUUGGUGAUAGCAAAGAGCGUUCACUUGAAGAAAAGACAGAAUUUUUUUAUGAAGAAGUGAGUUUUGAAAGGAGAAACCUCCACCCAAAAUGUCCAAGCAGAAGAAAAACCUGAAAAUACAGAAUUUGGAGUUACAGUCCAUACAGAGUGUGUCUCAGCCCUUCUCCUUCAGUCUUCAUUCACGUGGUCCAUGCUUUGCAUCCAUAUAGAAAUUAUUGAAACAUCCCAAGCUGUUUUUCCUUCUGUUUUUUUUCCUGUGUGGACAUCUCAUCAUUGUCUCAGUUUGAAGCACUCAUGAAGCACCGUCAUGAGUUGGUGGUAGACGAGUUCCUCCAGUGGGGCUUUGUGUUGGUGUGGCUACUUCUACUCACACCACAGAUGACGCUGAGUAGACACGAGCUCCAUUUUCAACCACGUGUCUUUGAGUUAAGCAUAGAAUUUACAGUUUUUGCGCUCCUUUUCUGUUGUUUUCUGCUGUUUCAGUGCUCAGGUUUUGCUAUUUUGGGUUGCUUUUCUCCUUCCAGCUCUGGUUUCAGCAGCGCAUUAAAGGAGCCUCCAUCAUGACCACAAAGCAACUGCACUGCGUGCUGAGGUGACUUUAUCCUCAUUUCUCUGUCUUCAAGCAUUUUAAAUGAUUUUUAAAAUACUUCUGGCUCUCAUCCAAGGCUUCAGGACUGGGCCACGGCCACCAGCAAAUGUCUCCACAAGCAUCGUCAUGGCAUCAGGGUUUCCUUGCACCUGAAGUUGUUCAGGUUGAUAAAGCACAAGAGGAAUAAACACUCGUUUUCUGGAAUGAGGAAUGUUCAUUUCUGAAAUGAAUCGAAAACAUUUUCUUUCCUUUCAUGCUCUGUGCAAUAAUCCCUUUUCCAGUCCAUCAGAUCCAUGGCGGAGCUGCUUUGGGUGGCUCUUUGGUGGCUCUUCGGAUGGUUCUUCCUCUGUGCUCCACAGCCUGAUUUCUACCAGGAAUCCUGCAGGAAUAACGUGAAAAGAUGGAUAAUACAAAUAAUUACCCAAACUUUCAACGCACAGCUAUAAGGCUUUUGCCCUCCAUGUGCUGGAGACGUUUGGGAAUUUUCCAGAAGUCAAAUGUGCAGACAUGGAACGAGUGCAGAAGUUGAAAAAGAAGAAAAUUGGUGUUCAGUGAAGUCAGCUAGUGGGUCAAACUGGAAUUAAUCCAAGUUACAAUGUGGAAAUGAGUUACUGAAGCUUGUAGUGUUGGGAUAUGCACACAACUGGGCAGGCUCCCCAUCCACUAGAUAGUAAGUCCUGGUUUGUGGUAGAUGUGUAGUAGUUUCUUGCCCUUUUCCCAGCUUCUCUUUACUUUUAUAAGCCUGGAAUGAUGAAGAUGAGGGUGCAGAAAGGGCAGAUCCAGGUUCUGCUUGGUGGUGGAAGCGCAAUGUGUGCCUGUAAAAAUGAGAGCAAAUGCCCACACGUUCCUGUCUGCUCUUUUUGGGCACCCUUGUGUUGAUGUUGGUCACCCAGCUGCCUGUUUGCCCACUUAGGAAUGCAUGGCCCAUAGUUUCUGUUUGAGUGGUAUCGCCCUGGUUCAAGCAUUUUUCCUCCUAAAGAAAGCAGUGUCAGAAGCAUCGCUCGUUUUGCAGUCUGGUUUCCUGGGGAGCUGAGUGGUGGCUACACUUUGUCACAUAUAUUCUGGUAGUAUUUUUUUUAUGAGGAUAAACACUUCUUUAUUUCAGUGGAAAGCACUUUAUGUUGUAUGGCACCGUGGGGAAAGCAGCAGUGAACCACUUCAGACAAAGAAAGCCUAGUGGUUUGGGAAAAGCAUGGCUUGCUGUGCAGCUCCGUUAAGGUUUUGCCUGAAAUCUCCCUUGUUCCCCCUAUUUUUCUGUACUGAUAACAAAAUAAGUUCAUUAGAAGAAGAUUAUACUGGCUCUGUUUCCAACCAACAUAUUUCAUGUUGCUUCAAUGCAUCUUGGCAUCUCAGACCCUUCCUUACUGGAGGUAUUUGAAUUGGUCUCCUUUGGGUGGUUCUAACAUCACAGUGACUUGUAAGGAGGGCUGAAUAACACCUGGUUCCAUUGUGAGCUGGAUUGUGAGUGGGAAGGUGGUUGGAGCUUUAACCUCCAUAGGGUUGUAAUGGUCUCACAACUGCAUUUCAGCAGUUUGGAGCUCCUCUAGUGCAUGCCUAGCUAGGAAACAGCCUAAACUCAUCUGUUGGGAGCCCAAAUUGAGUUUAAUUUCCAUCCGUACAAUUUAAGAACACUUAAGGCUUCUCUUAGUGUUUCCCAGGCAAGAAACUCACUUUUCUGGAUAGGAGAUGGCCAAAAUAAGAGUCAGCUCCACCAUGAAGUUGGUAGCUCUUAGUGAAGCCAUUCGUUUUGUGAUUCUCACUAUUAAAAGCAUAGGACAGAAACCAGAUUGGGCUUGGCGUAUUUGGCAUUUUGGGAAGUUCAGUACCACUUUUGGAAAGGUCUCGCUGGAUUUCUUUGUAUUGGGAAUUGAGAAACCAUUCCCAAAUGCCUAGGUUGGAGUUAGCUUAGGAGGACAAAGGCUGCUGCAAGAAGAACCAUCGCUGUGCAAUCCCAUACAUGGAGCAAAUCCAUCCUAAAGCCCUGGACCUGCUGGCUGGAAGCUGUCCAUUGAGCAAGGGGAUGUGGCUGCCUGCAGCCAUUUUGGUAAUAGUGGUGGUAUUUGGAAACUUAUUUGCAUGAUAGUGGGUUUUUGCUUGUCUCAUCCUAAGCCUCCUGUCAGUAUUUUAAUCCAUGAACUUCUCAUCUCCAUUCAACACCAUUUGUGCCUCUGGCAUUUGAGCAGGAAGCUUUCCCUUAGUGCUGUCCAGGGAAUAUUCUCCCUGCAUUUGAGAUGCAGCUUUUGUUUCCCACUAAAAAAAAAUAAAAAUAAAAAAUAGCUGUGCUUGAGUCAAAUGUGAAAAAUGAUUUUGAAAGGGGAAAAAUGAUUCUGAAUGUUUGGAGGAUGGAACUCGCUAAAAGAAUUGAUUUGCUGGUUGUGGUGUCUUCAAGAUGAAGCUGCCUUUGAGAGAGCUACUUUAUAAAUGCCCUUAGUGUUCAGUACACAAUGUUGUUGGUACUUCUUUCUGUGGCCUUGGAUGUGCCUUGCCCUUCUUCCUCUCCCAAAAUCAGGACGAAACUCAGGUCAUCUCCACCUGCCUUCCACCAAACCUCCUGUCCUCAGUUUGAGGUGCUCUCCCUUCUCCUCCUUUCUUUCCAUGGAGCAUCCUACGUUUGUAGUCAUUCCUCUUGCAAUCUCCCAAGUAGUUGUCCUUGGUUGGUUUGGCCAAGAUAACUUUGGCCAGGAGCUCUUUCUCCUGGCAUGGAUCUCACUGUCCCAUUUUUCCUGCGUGGUUGGUCCUGAUGAUGUCAUUUUUGGACUCACCAUCAGCCUGAUGACUGUUUUGUCACAGUGGCUGUCAUGCUGAUCAUUUGCUAAGCGUUGUGUAUUUCUGGCAGGAUAUAUAUGAUAAAAGUUAUGGGAAGCUUUGGAAGAGCAGAGCUGCAUGUUGGCACGCUGUGGUUGAGUUGAUGGUGCAGUGCACUGUGCCAGGUCUGUGCUCCUGGCUCUCUCUUCCUGAAAAGCUGAACAGAUUUCUAUGGAGAGGGUGUGGUAAAGAGCUUUUAAUGCCAUGGAAUUUGACCCCGUUAUUAUGGCCACAAGGUCCUCUGGUAUGUGAUGUAACAGUUUGUGAUGUGCUGGUGCUUUCCCACCAAUGUACAAUAGAUACCCACUGACAAUACCUGAGCAUCUUCUGCUCAUAUUUAUGUUCAUGCUGCAUGCUCUGGUGCCCUGCUGACUGUGUGAGCUGCUGCUCUGUUCAGUGAUUUAGCACUUGGCUACAUUAAAUAAGUAUGCUUUACAUAAUGCUUAUGCUUAGGUUGUAAUGAUUUUGCCCACUUCUGGACUCUGGGCAAAUAAUGCAGCAAAAGUCAUCUCCAGAACACAACUUGCUACCAGUAAACCUCUGUACUGUCAUUGUAAUGCACGUCCUGGGAUGUUGAGGUUGCAUUAUGUAUUGCUCUUGAGCAUCUUCCCUUGGUGUCAAAGUGGCAGAAAUAAGCUCCAUCUUGGGAAUGCCAGGUGAGUGAAGACCUUUCCUCCAGCAAUGGUGCCUGCUUCUGGUGCUGUGUAGUUGGGAAAUAGGAUUUUUCAGAACCUCUUCUGCCUCCUGUAUUAGUAAUGUCCCUCCUGUGGAAGUCCACUAGGGGAGGUAACCUCUGUUCCUUCCUGCUCACCCAGCUGGCUUCACCUGCUGUUCUCCUUAUUUAUGGCACACGUAUCCCUAACACCCACUCUAAUCUUUCUCUCCCUUCCAGUACCUAUUGAUGGAAGAACACGGCGUGACUCAAACAGAACACAUGGCCACCAUCGAGGCCCACGCAGUGGCCCAGCAGGUGCAGCAGGUCCACGUGGCCACCUACACAGAGCACAGCAUGCUGAGCGCCGACGAGGACUCGCCUUCUUCACCUGAGGACACGUCCUAUGAUGACUCUGACAUCCUCAACUCCACAGCAGCUGACGAGGUGACGGCCCACCUGGCUGCAGCAGGUCCUGUGGGGAUGGCAGCAGCUGCUGCUGUGGCAACGGGUAAGAAACGGAAGCGACCACACGUUUUUGAAUCCAACCCAUCCAUCCGUAAGAGGCAGCAGACGCGUUUGCUACGGAAGCUCCGUGCCACGCUGGAUGAGUACACCACCAGAGUGGGGCAGCAAGCCAUCGUCCUGUGCAUCUCACCCUCCAAACCCAACCCUGUCUUCAAAGUUUUUGGAGCUGCACCUUUGGAGAACGUGGUACGCAAAUACAAGAGCAUGAUUCUGGAAGACCUGGAGUCAGCACUGGCAGAGCAUGCUCCUGCACCUCAGGAGGUUAACUCAGAGUUACCACCCCUCACCAUUGAUGGCAUUCCAGUCUCAGUGGACAAGAUGACCCAGGCACAGCUGCGAGCGUUCAUCCCGGAGAUGCUGAAGUAUUCCACGGGUCGUGGGAAGCCAGGCUGGGGCAAGGAGAGCUGCAAACCUAUUUGGUGGCCUGAGGACAUUCCCUGGGCCAAUGUCCGAAGUGAUGUGCGCACGGAGGAGCAGAAGCAGCGGGUGUCGUGGACCCAAGCACUGAGGACUAUCGUGAAGAACUGCUACAAGCAGCAUGGGCGUGAGGACCUGCUCUACGCAUUUGAGGAUCAGCAGACACAGCAACAGACCACAACCACACACAGUAUAGCACACCUGGUGCCCUCACAGACAGUGGUACAAACCUUCAGUAACCCUGAUGGCACUGUGUCCCUCAUCCAGGUUGGCACUGGUGCCACCGUUGCCACGUUGGCUGACGCCUCCGAGCUGCCUACCACAGUUACUGUUGCACAAGUCAAUUAUUCUGCAGUGGCUGAUGGAGAGGUGGAGCAGAACUGGGCAACGCUACAGGGGGGUGAGAUGACCAUCCAGACAACGCAGGCAUCAGAGGCCACGCAGGCAGUAGCAUCGUUAGCAGAAGCAGCAGUGGCAGCAUCUCAGGAGAUGCAACAAGGAGCAACUGUUACCAUGGCACUUAACAGUGAAGCAGCUGCCCACGCCGUCGCCACGCUGGCUGAAGCCACUCUUCAGGGUGGAGGACAGAUCGUCCUAUCUGGUGAAACUGCAGCAGCAGUAGGAGCACUCACUGGAGUCCAAGAUGCCAAUGGCAUCCUAGCAGCAGACUAUUCAGGCUACAAGUGGAGCCUAGCAGAGAGUUUAUCAGCAAAGCCAGCUGAUCAAGGAAGCUUAGAAGGGUUAUUCAUUAAGCUUUCAUCUCUGGAGCAUGGUAAAAAAGGCUUCCCCUACACAGACGGAAUGGGAGAGCCAGCAUUUUGGAUGGAAGACACAACGUUUCAGGGAAGCAGAAUGGGAGUUUUCCACUCCAUCAAUGUAAAGAUGGAAUGAAAGACCCAAUAUUUUGGGUGGAAGACCUGACAUUUCAGAGGCGAGACCGAGGAAUAAGGGAGAUGAAGCUGAAGGUCUUCCAAUUCUUGCUAAGCUGGGACUCUACAUGAAGAAAAGAAGUCUUACCUGCCUCUGAAGGAUAGCCAAAGAUGGAGACUUUGCAAUUUCCCCAAGUUCUGGAGCUUCACAAACCUUAUGUUUACUGAUUGUCUUUUUUUUUUUCUCGUUUAUUAUCCCUCACUUAAUAUCCAUGCUGUGCCUCAAGUUGGUAUCCUACUCUUUCCUACUCUGUAGAAGAUGGCCAGGUUGUUUUCUUCUUCUCUGCAUCACUUUUGUUGGGUUUGUAGGCUGUCUUGUGUAUGGAGGCCAAGGUUUUCCUGGUGCUGUUUCACUUUCUCUGUGCUGCCAAACAUUUUGUUGCUUGGAGAUCCUCUAGCAACGGAGUUCCAUGCUUAAAUUUAAAUGUGCACUCUGGUUGUUUUGAAGCAGGAUCGUGCUAAGCAGAGAGUUUGUACCCAUUUCCCCUCUGCUAAGUAGGAAGACUGAAGCCAAAGGUCUGUGGAUGAGCUGGAGACAAAGAAUUAAAAUUGAAGUUUUCAUUCCUUUCAGCCUUCUCUGUCGUUGGCCUGAGCUCUGUAAGGCUUUCAGAGCUCUCCGUUGGUCAGGUAGAUCUGUGAGGCUGAUCAGUGUUCUGCUGUCUCUGCCAUGCUUGGAAACAACAAACCAGACAACUUUCAGCACUCAUCCCUUUGAUGUCUGAGAGAACAGAGCAAGUUGUGCCAACUUAACACAUCCACUGUGUGGGAUCUGCUUCAUCUCCUCAGUGCUGAGGAUGUUUCUGGUGCCAGUAGAUCCCCCAAGAGCAGCAUUGGGUGCAACUGGCCAUGGCUUUUGCCUUCUGCUGAUCUGAAGUGGGCUUUAGAUUCCCUGUUGGAAGAAGGCAUACAACACUCCAUUGAGGUCUUGUCUUUUGGUUAGGUUAUGUUGCCUAAAUUUGAAGAUAACCUGAUGAUGCUGUGCUGUGAGGGUCUGCAAAGUGAGCGCUGAUGUUUUGCCCCAUAAAAGAAAUCCAAAGAGCAGUUUGUCAGUGCAUUGCUUCUGAGUGCUGCAUCAGACUCCAGGUCCCAAAUGCUGGAGUCAAACCAGCAUUAGUUUCUCAGUUAGUUUCUCAGAAUGGUCUCUCAGUUUGCCUUUUGCUCCCUCAAAGUCCUGAGGCUGCUUCCAGAAUGUUGCAGGAGAUCAGUUCACGUUGAUGCUAGCAAGGAAGAUGAUUUUGCACUUCAUGAAGGAAGAGGAGAUGGUUUGCUUUUCCAAGCUCAGGUUCAGCAUGGUGACAGCAGUCAAGAAUGGGGCUGGUUCUUCUCUUUCAACCAUCCAAAACUUCACUUGUGUGCUCUGUUUGAGCUCCAGGCAGAAAAGUGUGGCAUAAGGUUGUGCUGUCCGUGCUCCCCAUGGUGCAGAAGGAUGCUCCAAAGCAUUCAUCAGAGGGGCCCAUCUCUGGGAAGAUAAUACUGGACAUUUAUCUCUGAGUGUGUGAGAGGUUCCCUUGAGAUCAUCCAUUCUUCAGUUUCUUCCACUCAUUCUGCAUGUUUGAGUAUUGAUCUGUGUGGUGGUCCAGCUCACCUGGUUGGCUGUGCCUUCCUUCUGCACUUGCUGUGAUAUCGAAGAAGCAUAAGAACCAGCAGAAACUGGCUCUGUUGUCCCCAUCCUCUGGAUACUGGAUGGCCAAUCAUCUCAACCUCCUACUCUUCUCCCCCAGAGCCCUUUGAAUGGUGGUUUAAUGCACCCACUUGCAGUUUGGGAUCAGAACAGUUCUGAUGUUGCUGAUCCCCUCUCCGUGUCAGGUAAGGUGCCUGUAUCAGCCACUAUAUGAUAUUUGGCCUCAGAAUCCCAUGGCCAGAACCUAACUCUCCCCCUUCUGCAAGCCAUAACCUCUUCUCUGCUGAAACAAAUGCAAAAUCCUUGUCCUGGCAGGCUGCAGGUAAGCAAAAGCAUGACCUGGGUGCAAUCCAGAGCCUCCUGCUGAGGGUAGAGAUGAACAUCAUCGUUUCUGCCAAAUGGUGGGAGGAAAUCCCAAAUGGGCAGCUCCAGCCCAGCUGUGUCAUCUCACUGCUCUGUGCAUUAUCCAUCACCUCUGCUGGCUCCUGUCCACAGGUAGGAGCAGCUCUGGGGCUGCUGUGAGCCCAAUUCCGUCUCUCCACUGGGGCUUUUCCACCCCAGCACGACUCGAGUUUUUUUUUUUGGAAGAUGUGUAUUUUCCAGAGACUUGAAAGUUUUGUGUUUGUUUUUUUUUUUUUUGUAAUUUUAUUUUGUCUAAUGGAUUUCCUGUUUUUAAUACAAUUGAAAGGGUCUGAAAUCCAUGCUUUAGAUUAACAUAUGCCAGCUAGAUUAGGGCUAAUCAGGGCACAGGUCUGAGCAGAUGCAGCACAGGGCCAAUCCUAGACCUGAUUACAGCAUCUCAGUGGUUUAAUCGCCUCUCUCCCAAGGGCGAUCAUCUCUGCUUUAAUACACAGCAGACUUUCCAGCCCUCGCCCUCUCCUCCUUUGGUUUGUCACCACUCCUGCCAGGAAGGCCACUGCGUCAGAUGCUGAGACGAUUUAGCUUAAUCCCAUGCAGAAAGGGAGCUGUGCAUCGCUGUCUCUCGCAGAGACCAGAGACCUCCCGGCUCUUACGCGCAAUGUAUCCAAGUUGUAGUUAGCCUCGGUCAAACCUUGGCCAAAUCAGGCUCAUCUUUCCCAAAGAAAACCCCCCUUUGGUUUUUCCAUCUUGCCAUAUUUUGGUAAUACCUGUCUUUCACAAUGGUCCUAUUAUGGCCAACUUGUGGAGGGAUCAGAUUUUUUAAUGCUGCGUGCUCAGCGUUGCUGGUGACCCUCAUCUUUGGGUUGGCCACGGGGAGCAGAGUCAUCUCAAAGAGCUCCAUCUCAUCAUCGUUUCUUGCAAUGCCUGUUGUUAACAGUGCCCCUAUUAUGGCCAACCCGUGUUUAAACAUCAUGGAGGGAUCAGAUUUUGAACCCUGCUUUAUGGUGACCCUCGUUUUGAGUUGGCUGUGGGGAAUAGACUCAUCUGUGGUGAAUUCCUUUGGGUCAACAACCUGAAUCACCCGAAAGGCUUAGCUGGGUCAUUGGUCUGGAGCAGGGAUUUUGAGUGCAUCCCAGGCCACAUCUCCCACUCUGUGCCAGAACCUGCUUACAGAACUGUGCUGAAUAUCUUGAGGAUCUUAUUGGGGGUUGCCUUUGAGAGAGCUGAGCACGAGUUCUUGUUUCAAUGCUUUGUAGCCUAAAACUCUUCCCUAUUAGAAAGCACCUCAGGAACUCUGUGUUUCAGCUGCCUCCACGUCAUUUGUAGCUGUUGAUGUUGAGCCGUACGCAAGGAAGGUGGUUCCUCAUGGGGCUGCGAGCUGCAUAAAACUGUAGAUCACCCUUUUGGAGAUGGGGCAGCCCUCUGGCUGAGGCAUUGCAAAAUGUCCCUAUCCGUAGAGUGCCACGAGAUCCCGAGAGCUGAGCUCGGCCGGGGUCACCCACCUGGGCAGUAUGAUUAACUCCUAAGCUUUCCUGUCUGUGUGCAGCGAGUUAUCUGGGGACACCGAGCUGCACUCUGCUGCCUCUGGUUAUUCAAUGAGUGCCCUUGGCAGGACAGAGAUCCCUGCCUGCCACAGAGAACUGAACCAAAGGGGAUCCUGCUGCCGUUUUGGGAAAGCUUGGUCUGAUCUCGUUGGAUUUUCAGGGCUGUGCCCUCCUGUGCUGCCGGGCAGUUGGGGUUUCAGUGGUAGGUUUUUCCUUCUUGCAGUUUUUCUUUCUACCUCUGAGCCUCUUCUCAUCUCACACAGUGUGAUGGGGGUUGAUUAUGGGACUUCUCUAACGUUUAUAAGGGCUGGGCUCCAUUAAGUCUGAAUAAUUACACAAGCAUGAUGGUGUGGGUGUGAUACCAUCUGUGUGUCAUGGGGUGGGAGAUUGUCUUUUACCCUAUCCUUGGCUUUCUUGCAACCAUCAUCUUCUCCCCUAGCAACCAUCUUCCUUCUCCCCCUGCCCCCCACCAUCAUAUUCUGGAGGUUGGUAGCCUUGCCUGUGUCCAGGAGGUUAAGACUUUGUGAUCCUUCAGGUCCUAUGCCAUUCUAUGAUUCUGUGAUGAUCCUUUCUUCACCCCUACCCCUCACUGUCUUCCUUUGCCCCUACCCAACAUCACUUUUGUUUUCCCUUACCCACCAUUGUCUUUUAGGGGUUGUUGGCCAUGCCUGUGGCAGGACAGUUGGAACUUAACGAUCUUUGGGGUUCCUUCCAACCCAAGCCAUUCUAGGAUGAUUCUUCCUUCCUCCCACCCGCCACCUUCCCUGCUACCAUUGCCUUCUUCAAUCCUUGACUUCCCACAAGAACCAAAGGACCCUGAAAGCUCCGCCACAUCUCCACCCGUAUCCAACACAACCCCUUUAUGGCCCGCACCACGACACUCAACCUCACCAACCCCGUUCCUUGGCAGAACAGCGUUCCCUCAUCGCUCUCACAUUUCUCCUUUGUGUCU